AUGAAAGUCGGGCUGCCAAAAGAAUUUAAGGUGCAAAUAGUUUUUAAUAAUGAUAUCUUAAAUGAGUUAGAAGCUGAAAGACCUUCAGAUGAGAUGAUAGAUCGAUAUCAUAAUCUAUUCGAAAGCAACAAGAUUAAGUUGAAGGCAUCUAUUGUUAUGGAAAAAAGAGGGCGUGGUAGACCUCCUAAAUAGAAGUCACCUGUGAUGGAGGAAUCAAUAGAAGAUGAAAUCUCUAAUGGGGAUGAUGAUGCACCUGAUGAUGAGUUUGAAGAAGAAAUGGAUCUUGAAAAUGAUGUUAAUUUGUCUGUCUCUUCAAAAGAAAGGAAAUUUACUAAAAGACAAAUGCAUAUGUAUAGUUUGGCUAGUUUGGAGGGAAGUGAGUUCUUAUAAUUGCCUUCUAAGAAGACUAAAUCAAAAAAAGAGUUGGCGUUCACAGAGGAAGAGAUGAUUUACAAAAGCCAGAAAGAACUACAAAGAAAAGAGAAAUUACAAAAGCAAUAAGAAGAGCAAAAGUAAAUGACUGUUGAUAAAAUCUUAAAUGAGUAAGGGAGAAAAUAAAAGCAAAGAUAAUAAUAAGAAGACAAAAAAACAGAGGAUACUCAUAAAUAUAGAUCUCUACCUCCAGAUGAUAUUAUAAUCAAAUAUAAAUCAAAUAGUGAAGGCACAUUUAUCAUAAUGCCAAAAAAUAUGAACUCAUCUUUACCGCAUCCAUCGAAAAUGAUAGUUGAAGAUGAUAAAUAUUGCUCAAUUUGCUCUAAUCUAGCUAGAUAUCAAAGCAUGCAGUCUUGA